UGCUGUUAGAGAGCGUGAGUAUCUUCUUCAUCCUGGUUUACUGCUCUCGUUAUUUUAUGAGUCUUUAAUACAUGAGUCACAUGUCUGCAGAGGGAUCAGAGGACGUUUUAACGGUAAAAGUUGGACACGCACGUUAUUAGAGAGGUCAUAGAGGAGGUUGAUGGCUGACCCUGUGCGAAGGCUGCUAGCCGCGUCCUCAAGAGACCGGGCCCAGGUGGAAGAAGUGGGCGGGGUCAGUGGCUCUGUAUCUCAAGUGGAGCUUAAGCUCAUCCAAUCAGGAUCAGAGGCAGGCUCGGAAGCGGGCCUUAAUAAUGAUGUCACAGGUUUGAUGCAACGACAACGGCUCAGCCGGAGGAAAGCUGUAGUAUAUCUGACAUUGAUAGGACUGCUGAUAUUCACUACAGCGUUCCUGCUGGGAUACGUGUCAUCUCGUGGAACGUGCCCUCUCUGUGUGGACGAGGGGGAGCUGGUGCUAGUCGAUGACACGGCCGGACCAGACCAUUCUCCCAAGACGGGGGGGAUGUACCUGGGGGAGCUAAAAGACAUGCUGAAGAAAUACCUGCAGGAGGAGAAGAUCGAGGACACUGUCCAGCGAGUGAGCAGGACUUCCCACCCUGCGGGGUCUUCAGAGGGACAUGCGUUAGCCAUGGAGAUCCUGCAGAGCUUCCAGAACCUUCACAUGGACCACACGUGGACAGACUCACACUACGCCACACUACAGUUCCCCUCCAGUAUGCAGAGGAACACACUGUGGUUGGUUGAUGCGGAGGGGGUGGAGCUUGAGGAGAUUCUAUUAGACCGUGCCGAUUACUGCGCAUACAGUGCUACAGGAACCGCCACGGGAGGCGUGGUUUAUGUAAAUUACGCCCGUCAGGAGGACUUUGAUCAGCUGAGGAAGAUGGGCGUGACUCUGAAUGGCUCCAUUGCCGUAGCGAGGGUCGGAGGUGGCGUGAGCUUCGCUGAGAAGGUGUGGCAUGCGCAGGAGGCGGGGCAUGUGGGCAUCCUCAUUUACCCAGACCCCGCCGACAUUCCACAGGAUCCACGCCGACUUGGUCUCCAUAGCAACGCCGCUAUCUCCGAACAUGUGCACCUGGGAUCAGGCGAUCCCUUCACUCCUGGUUUCCCCUCCUUUAAUCACACCCAGUUCCCACCCACCCAGUCCUCUGGGCUGCCAAUCAUCUUGGCUCAGCCAAUCAGUGCCAAUGUGGCUUCCAAACUGCUCAGUCAGCUGUCGGGCAUGGCAUGUCCACGGGGGUGGAGUGGGCGUCUCCCGUACGUCCGUUGUGUUCUGGGUCCUGAGUUUUCAGCAUCAGAUGGACGGAAGGUAAAGAUGGCCAUCUAUAACACCAUGACCUCCGUCCUGCUGAACAACAUUUUUGCCUCCAUUGAGGGCAAAGUCGAGCCUGAUCACUAUAUAAUAAUGGGUGCUCAGAGGGACUCGUGGGGUCCAGGAGCCGUCAAGUCCGGAGUAGGAACAGCAGUUCUGCUGGAACUUGCACGCAUUUUCAGUACCAUGGUGCAGAACGGGUUUUCUCCUCGACGCAGUUUGCUUUUCGUCAGCUGGGACGCCGGAGAGUUUGGAAACGUGGGCGCCACCGAGUGGCUGGAGGGUUACCUGUCCAUGCUACACCUGAAAGCUGUGGCCUACUUCAGUCUGGACCAGGCAGUCAUGGGUGAUGAUACUUUCUCUGUGUCCAUGAGUCCCUUGCUUGCUGACCUCAUCGAAGGAGCCAUUAAACAAGUUGAACACCCUAAGCACGUAGGUCAGUCCAUCAUGUCUGUGGCUGAAGCUCAGGGAGGUUGGAGGAGAAGAGUGAAGCCGUUGUAUCUGAACAGUGGUGCGUACAGUUUCACAGCGUUCGGUGGUGUUCCUGCCAUGGAGCUGCGCUUUCAUGAGGAGGGCCAUGUAUACCCGUUUGUGAACACACAGAUGGACAGUGUGUUGCGUCUGCAGGAGCGUCUGCAGGGCCGUGUGUGUGUGGUGGGUCGGGCCGUGGCUGAGCUGGUGGGCCUGAUGGUGCUGAGACUCGCUCAUGAUCACAUCAUUGCUCUGGACAUCACACACUACAGCACCACCUCCCUCAAACUCAGCGCCGUGCUCACACAGCUGUCUGCGGAGCUACAGGCACGCGGUCUGUCCCCUCAAUGGGUGUACAGUGCGAGAGGAGAUUACAGUCGAGCUGCUAAAACACUGCAGGAGGCCAUUAAGAAUACAGACAUACAGGACGAGAGGAUGACACGCCUCUAUAACACACGACUCAUGAGGGUGGAGUACUACUUCCUGUCUCAGUACGUGUCAGUGGUGGAGACUCCAUUCCGUCAUGUGCUGCACGGUCGUGGUGAACACACCCUGAGCGCGCUUACUGAGCAUCUCUCCCAGCUGCGUUCUCAUCCUCACCUGUUCCAUGAGGCUCGGUUCCGUCGCCAGCUCGCUCUGUUCACCUGGACACUUCAGGGCGCGGCCAACGCGCUGAGCGGUGACGUCUGGAACGUCGACAACCUGUUCUAGAACCAUAACUGCCCCGUCCAACCAUUCAGGACUCCUCAAGACUGUUCAGUGCCUGUUCUAGAACCUGCAAAAUCCCUUCUAAAACACUUAAAACCAUGUAGAACCUUCAACAAGCCGUUUAGACCCCCUCCUGUAACUUAUAUAGAAUUGUAGAACAUUUACAAUCCAGUCUAAAAGCAUCACAAUCUCUCAACACCAUUCAAAACCCAUUCUAGAACAUUCCAGAACUUUCUGCAUAACUCUUUCUGGAAGCUGCACAAUCUGAAGCUUUCUUUCUAGAACCGUCAGUACUUCCAAAACCCAUUUUGGGGCAUUUACAGUGCAUCCAGAGAAGGACAUAUUACAAUGGUCAGGUAACUUUCUAGAACCUUCACUACCAAUUCUAGGACCUUCUCAUCCUGUUAGAACCACUGGUAACCUAUUCUAGAACAUUUACUCCAUAUCAAGAAUAUUCACAACCCCUUGAGAUCAUUUGCAACAAAUUCUAGAUCCUUCUCUGCCCAUUCUCGAACCUGCGUGUGCGUGCGUGUGGGUGCGUGCGCGCGCGUGUGUGUGUGUGUGCGUGCGUGUGUGCUGGCAGUCUCUCUCAUUAAUUAAUGAUUAAUAGACCGUUAUGAUUACGUUGUAAUUCUUUUUUAUUACUGAGUGAUAAUGUUGUUAAUAGAAGCAGUAAUUAUCGAGAGCAGUGUCUCUCAUAAUUAUGACAGUCAUACUGUCGUCCAAUCAAAAAGCAGCAUCUGCUAUCAAUCGUCCCUGCGAUGUCAGAGCCACGCCCCUGGGCUGUGACGUCACCGGGUUCCGUUUUGCCAGUGAUAAUGGAGAUGAAAGUCCACCGGUGUGACAUCACUUCCCCUGUAGCUGUGAUGUCAGAAGCGUUGUGUGUCACUCACUAUUAGAAGGCGUGUGGUGUAUCUGAUGAUGUUCAUGCUCUGUGUUUGUGAUGGUAUUGAUUAUUGAUCAUGAGGAUGAUGACGAAGAUGAUGACACAGUGAGAUCAACUCCAAUAAAUUAUUUCAGCAAAUUG